ACAAGAAUGUCUUGAAUUCCAAUCUUAUUGUGAUUUAACUAUAUAAAAAGCAAUAUGCAGAAGUGGAAUCUUAGAAAUAAAAUACAAAAUGAACUCAAAGGUGUUUGUGUUUCUGAUCCUUUCAACAACUAGCUACAGAAUAUCACUUGCUCAAAGUUAUAAUGUAACAGACAAUGAGUCAACACAACUGCCGAGCUCAAAUACAGAAACGCCUAGAACGACAUCCCAGUCCGAAGAUUAUCCAAAAUGGGUGUCAUCAUCUAGGGGUGGUAAAAUUCCAUUAGGCGCCAUUCAGGGCGGCAUAGAUAGUGAUGGUGCCAUACUUUACGUGGCUCGUGCUUUUCAUGAAACUGAAAUAAUUCCUGGAAAAUUAAAUUCUCUCAGUAAGCUGACAUAUAUGGGUAAUAAUGGGAUAGAAUAUGCCAAGACGUCGUAUGAAGUUUUGGUUGGAUGCAAGGCACAUUGGGAGAUACCUCGAGAAAACAAUAUUCCACCAAAUGCUAUUAUAGCUGGAGUGGCGUAUGACGGAGCUUAUUACGUUUGUCGAGUAAGAUUACUCGGAAACCUAACGAAUGGAAAAAUGCAUAAUCGUCAUUCUCGCUGCUACAUUCCAUAUGGUGGAAUUGAACAUACCUACAACGAAUAUGAAAUUCUAUGUUGUGGCAGGUAGAACCCUGAUGGCUUGACAUUAUAGACAUCUUUCAAAUAAAUGAACGGUUC